AUGAAUAAAUACGAUAUUGAAAAACUUUUUCAUGAAUGUGAUAGAAAAAGAAAAGGAUAUCUUGAUCGAGAAGAUAUUAAAGUAGCAUCUAUACGACUUUAUGGAAUUAAAUUAGAUAAAUAUAAAAUUGAACGAUUACUUUCGAAUAUUCCGAAUCGAACUCAUCCAGGUUUAACAUUGGAUGAAUUUAUUGAUUUUGUACAUAGUUAUAAUCAUCAAAUUGAUCGUGAAGAUCAAAAUCGUGAAACAUUUCUUAUUCUUGAUCGAACAUGUAAAGGUUUUUUAACUAAAGAAGAUUUUAUUCGUGCUUUUGAACGUAUUAAUAUUAAAUUAAAAACAGAAACAAUUGAUUCUGCAUUCAAACAACUUGAUGUCGACGGUGAUGGUCGUGUUAGUUAUCGAGAUUUUGAUUCUAUGAUGAAUUAUGUAGCUGAUGAAUGA